AUGGCCCGAUCACAACGAGAAGACUCAGCCACGCCGGUCCGCACAACCAGUGGGAACUCGACGUAUCGGCGGCGGCGGCCCUCCGAAUUCCAGCUGCCGGACGGGCGUAAAAUCCUCGUCGCGCUGCCCGAGGAGGCGGAAGCACUCCGCACCAAAUACUCGUCCGCGGCUGCGGCCAGCGGCGAGACGCUGCAGACCGAGGUCGUGGUCCACGGGUCAGCCGAGCACCAGCGCUUCCUGCAGCUGGCACACGCGCACCAUGAGCUACGCCGCGCCGAGCUGCGUGCCCGCCACGGCAGCGACUUUGAGGAGUGGGAGAACGUCAGCUCCCAGCUGGAUGCUGUGACGGCGCAGCUCGAGAGCAUUGCGGAUCACAGCGCGAGCCUGAAGGAGAACUUCAGCAAGUUCGGCUACGAUGCGAGGCUACGAACGUACGGCGACGAGAAGGGCGGCGGCGGAAGCGGCGCAGGAAGUUCAAGUGCCAGCUUGAAUGAGGAAAAGGUUGACUGGAAUGAGCGUCGGAGCGCAGAUAUGAUCAAGCUAUUCAAGAAACCCGUCAUCAAGCAAUACUUUCAUCGAGGUCUCCUGUGGAGAUCCAGUGAUGAGACCUCAGUUUUAUCUUUUGAGCUCUUCUUUGACCUUCUCUACGGUAGCACCCAAGUCGAGAUGCCCGGGCGCCUGGGCCUUGUCUUCGCCGCCUUAUUUAUUGACUUUUGCGGAAGUACUGUAUAUGUGUCGCUCUUCAGAUACGCUCGAAACCAUGACAACAAGACAGCUAAGAGAAUUGGCAAAUUCUUUGAGUUCUAUCCUGCAAUCAAUAUCGAGCACAAGGUGGAGCGCACCAAUGCGUUCGUCUCACUAGUUCUUGGAUACGGGGUGGUCGGCCUCAUCUAUCAAAAUGCGGGAAACUUUGCUCUGAACGCCUUCUUGGGCAAGGCAGUUCUAGGCUUAGUUCAAUCGUUCAUCUUUAACUGGAUAUAUUUCGAGGUUGAUGGGGAUAACCUACAUCUUCAUGCUAUUAGACGACAUGCUAAUACCGCUUUCCUAUGGCAGUUCUCACACCUCUUCUUCAUCAUGGCCUAUAUUGUCUCGGCUGCUGGCCUCUCCAAGCUAGUUGUUGCCACUGACUGCGCUGACGCACCCGUCGAUACGCUCACCGAAUUCUACAUGGAGAAAGCAGAGCAUGAGAUCGCCCUGGGAAUCCGUCUCUUCUAUUGCGUUGGACUGGGAGUCGCACUGUUCUGCAUGGGUCUCAUCAACUUUUCUCAUGAGCACAAGAUCCCACCGUAUUGUCGCGUGCCGCGCUGGAUUCGACUCUGUAAUCGUGCCGCCGUCUGUGCCAUUUUCUGCUGCCUGCCUGCUGCAGAGAACCUAAACAGCCUGGAUCUCAUCUCCAUCACAACUGCGCUGACUGCGUGGGUCCUCAUACUCGAGCUUUUCGGUAAGAGCUCCAAAGGCGAUAGCCUCUUCGGCGACGAUACAAAGUGCCGAUAUACUGCACAAUGUAGCAAGAAGGAUCUGGAGAAGGCCAUGAAGACCGAUGGCGAAGUCGAUGUCAUGGAAUUGGGCAGGCGCGAGAAGACUGCUGUGCCAGCUGGUGUUGAAUAG